ACGUGAUAGAUUCGACACUCCUGUCAAUCCGCCGACGAUAUUUUCAAUUCUAUUAAAUUAUUGAUAUCUGUAAAUAUACAUACAUUUGAAUCAACGAUUUCGUCCCGAUCGAAUAAUGUCCAUUAACGUCACUGUUAAUGGGAAUCGUUUUAAUAUACGCCGGGGAAGAAUGGUACUGUCCGAUUUAGAUCAGAUUAAGAAAAAUGAACGGGACCGUCGACGAAGGUUACGCUUGGAACAGGUGCGACAACAAUCUAAAGAGAUAUCAGACAGGCUCUUGGAGCGUACAAAAAACAUAGCCAAAGAGGAGUUUAAAAAGCUUGAGGAUAACAGUAAACUGAAGGAGAUAUACAAUGGGAAAAUUAUGGAAGUUCAGCAGAAGUAUCAAGAGGACAUGGCAGACAUCGGUCAGGCACAUUUGUCUGCUGCAUUAGAACCUGAUCACGAUGCCUUAAUAGAGGAGAAAGAAAGGAGAAACAAGUCAGCCGCGACAAAAAGAGGACAGGAGGCGGUAAAACAGGUGAAGGAGUCUCAACAGAGAGAGACUGUGCAACAACAUCAGCACCAGGAGAGAUUGAGACAAGUGAGAGAAUUAGAGAAUCUCAGGGCUACUAUGAUAGCACAACUCUCUAAGAAAUCAGUACCUGAACCAAGCACUAUAUGUAUCUCUGUACAAAACGAAAUCGACGAUGAAGAUAGACAGCAAGAUGGCCAUAAAAGGACGAAGAAACUCGGUACUAAAAAGUCACCUAUAAAGAUUUCGAAGGCGAAACCUAAAACGAAAACGUUUGAAGUUAAUCGAGAGCAGGAUAAUUUAAUCUUGGAAGAGGAAUCUUUUCCUCAGUUGACCGAGGAAUCUGUUCCUAAAUCGGUCGAGCAAUCUGUACCUAAAUCGGCCGAGCAAUCUGUACCUAAAUCGGUCGAGCAGUCUGUUCCUAAAUCGGCCGAGCAAUCUUUAAGAACUGAACCCGAACGCGUUGACGAGAUUCCUCGAAAGGAAAGGAUGGAAACCGCGAAUGUUCCGUCGAAGGUGGACAAAUCGGCGAGGUAUAAUCCGGAAGACUAUGUUCAAACAAGUUCGGAUACUACCUAUAGCGAUAGUUCUAGUUCGUUUAGUGAUGACUCGUCAUAUUUUUCCGAUAGCGGCGAGCAAUUUAGAGAAAUAAACCAGCCGAGGUACGUUAAGUGUCCUGGUAGCGACAAGGUACAAGUGUACGAUCACAAUAGGCAUCAGAAAAAAGUGUACGAUCAGCCGGUCGGCGUAGUUGAGAAAAUACAAACGUGGAACGAGCCGAGCGCGACGGACUUGGCUCAGGAAAUAGAACGAGCGCAAACUGCGGAAUCGCAUUUGUCCGAGAGUCGUAAGCAAAACGCACAGAAACGCGGGGAGGACGCGGUAUUGAGAGAAAAGGUGCGCCGGGAUUAUCAAACGCUUAUGCAAAAUCUAGAUCAGCUCGCGAGCGAAGAACGGAAGCUAAAAGCGAGUCAAGCUGUAAAUUACCCAAAGGAUGUCUACAUACAGGAAGAACGGAGGAGGCUACUGAGGGACCAGCACAAGCAGAAAUUAAAUCGCGCUAUGAAAACUUUAUUAGACGGUGAAUGUUUGGCCCCGUGUGCGCCGAGACCUACAGAGAGGCAAAUCACUCUCGCACCGAUAGAACGUGAUAAAAAAAGGAAGGACAUCCAAGCUACUUGGGAGGAUCCUUCUUCUCCCAAUCAACGUACAGUGAGGAGAGACGCGCAAAGUAAAUACAAAGGGAACGAGAGUUCGCGGGAGGUACAGAUACUGGAUAUGUUGAAGAAGGUCGAGAGACAGAAACGAUUGCUGCUGCAAGAAUUCGGUGCAGAUUUACCUGAUGAUAUUUUCAACGCGUCCAUAAGACCUCUCUUCGAAAAGGAUAAAUCGGUUCAGACUCAGCCGACCGAUGCACCGGACGCACAGGUUUGUAGAUCUCCCGAGAUCAAGGUGAUAGAUGUGUCUUUAGAAGAGAAGAGUAAAAAGGAUAAGAAAAAUAAGAACAAGGAGAGAGCAGAUCCAUCGACAGAAAGGAAGGAGAUCGCUGUACAAACUAUGACAGAGGACGAAGUAGUUCAAGAUAAAGGAACGCAGGUAGAAUUGAUACAAGAGAAGGAAUCCUCUAUUAAAGAAGAUAGGAGAGUUAGACAUCAUCCACUGGAACCGGAGGUUAUAAUAAUUAGACCGGACGUAAAUAGCAGUAAUUCGACGAGUUCCGACACUCUGCGCGAGGUUUCCGACUUAGAAAAGGAGAGUCCGAAAGUAACACCUAAAAGAAAAAAGUAUAGCGUAAAGACUGCGAGGCAAACACCGUCAAAGACGUCUUAUAAAUCGGUUCGCAAAAUUGUUCCCAAGUCUCCUGCAAAGAAAGUCUCGAAGUCUAAGACUCUUAGUCCGAAGAAAACCCCGAGUAAAGCGGAUGUGCCCAGUAAAAGGAUCAAAAUGUACGUGGAUAAAAAUGGAGUGAACAUCAAAGUGAAGCCACCAGAGGUGGCAGAAAUCCUCGUGGACGUGAGCACACAAUGCGCUCAAGAAAUUGCAGUAGGCACCGAGAAACUGGGAAGAGUGGCCGAGACCAAACAACAGUGGACUCAUUCUAAGUCGUUUAAAAUGAAAGACAUUUCAGACACGUCGACGUCUUUUGCUAGUCCACCUCCGAUAAGGCCUAGAGACAUACUAGAAGCUCUGAGCAAUAACAUAUCUAUCCUCGAGAUGUUAGAUUCUUCGGCGAACGAGAGCUUGAAACGUUUGAGAAGGGACGUUAGCCCGGUGUCGACACCGGAAACACCUUCCCCGAGAACCAUGAGGAUGCCCUCGAAUAUUCCUCAUCCAGAAAAGUUUAAAAGAUUAUUUCACUAUUCGUCGACGGAGUCUCAGACGAACGAUUAUCGACAGACCACUACUUCUCCACCUAAAAGCGACACGUCGACGAGUUCGUCGAACGAUGGGCCAGAGCAUAUACCUAAUGCGUAUUCGAGGGGUCCGGUUUCAUUAGAAUUCUGUCUGUGCCACAAUCCGGAAUGUAGAAGAGUGCAUGCGAGAUUCGAGGAGAUCCGUAAUUACGCGUUAAAGAAUUGUCCUCACAUGUUACGGAAGUACGACGACCUCCAAAACACGUGUGCGGAGAGGAUCAUCUCUUUGACGAAUCUCAUUGAGAAAGUUCGAAACGAACAAAAAGGUAUGGAAUUCUCUAUGAUCGAUCCGAGCGACGAUACGAGUUUGAUGCAGUUACCACCGCCGCAAAUCGCGACGAACGAUUUGGAAACUGUCCACAGGCUAGUGGAGAACAUCGAAGCGAUACACAACCAAUUAGCCAAGACUCUGAUAGAGUCUCAAAAGAUUGUAAAAACUAAAACCGCCGUCGAUGAAAGCGAGGAGAUUAAAGAAACGGAGAAAGGAACUUCGACCGAACGAAAAGCGGAAGAUAAAGUUAAACCGAAGAUCGUGAGCGUCGAGAAGGUAGACAUUGCUAUGGACAGAUUCAAAAGGCUGGCGCCGUCGGCGAUGACGUCCACGCCGGAACGCGACGAUAAACCCAGCGAGGAAGAGGUGAUAGAAAGAUUGUCGAAAGAAAUCUUGGAACAAAGUAAGGGUCUUAAUAGUAAUUUAGUAACGUCGAAAGACAUAUGCACCUCGACUAUAAAUCUUUCGGUACAAACGCCGACGGAUAAUAUAAUUAGAAUCGAGAAUUCUAAAGUACAAAAAGAACGUGGGUCUGUAAGAGAUUCUGACAAAGAGGCAAAGGGAACUAAAGACUUCGUGCCGUUACUCCACGAUAUUCCGAAGGUGGUGUCGAGAAUGGUUGACAAUUCCGCGCACGUUAAUGGUAGAAGUAAACCACCAGUGAGUUUACUAAGCGGACCUUAUAGGACUGAGAUCGACUCGUCAGGCCACGAGUUGUCGACGAUAAUAGAGUUUGACACGCCGGACACGGUAAACAGAAGUCAGGGUAAUAUCAGGAGUCCGUUGUCCGCGAGGAAGGUAACGGAAACUCAAAUGAAGAAGUCCACAGCUAUAGUCAAACCGUCGGGACACAUCACCCCUUCGCGGUCUGAUAAAUUACGGGAUCCUACGAUCGCGAAACUCUCGCAGGAAAUAAAAGAACCUUCGAUAUUCUUCGAUUCACCGAUAACGUCUAAAAAUGUAGAAUCUCAAGAUUUGAACAAGGAGCUGAAGGAUGAGAUACUGCAAUGCGACACAGUCGAUCGGGGAUCGACGCAAGCGGAGGAAUGCAAGGACAAGGACAAGAUAACGUCUUCGAGCUCGAACAGUUUUUCGGAACUGUCCGGAGUCUCACAGAUCGCGAGUACUCCUUCCUCGACUCUGUUAAGGUACGCGUCGUCUCCGGAGGAGAUGGAGACCGCGCUUAAAAAACUUGGUCUCGGUUGGGCGAUCACCACGUUGAAGAAGACGCGCGAGGCGAGCGCGUUGAGUUCAUCCUCGAACUCCGACACGCCGAUAAACACCGCGAAAAGGAUAUUGUCGCCGGUUAAAAAACAGAACAAUUACGGUUUGCUAGAUUUCAGCGACGUGUCCUCGAUAUCGAUAAAAGAAGCUAGCAAAAGUACCGAGCAAGCGGUUCUAAUGAAAGGCAGAACUUCGACGCCGAAGUUGCAACAGAAUUCCAACAGCGAAUCUAACAGUAGCAAUACGAACAACUCCGAAAAUUUUCAAGUACCCGAGGAGGGUCUAAUAAUUCCUAAUGUAUCUUUGACCAAGACGAAAUCUAACGUUAAGAAUUUAGAAAAUCUAUGAUUAAUGUUUAUACCUUCGUCUAGCAGACUUUGUUACGAAUAUACAAUAAAUCAAUUAUUUUUAAUUA